GUUGGGGCCUUUGAUAUGAGCGGGAUAUUUAAAUUCUAAAGAAGUUGCUAGAAAAACAUCAAUUUGAUUGUCAUUUAGAUUCACCUAAUAGCGCUUCUUCAAAGGUUAUACUAGCGAAUAGAGUUGGGUGAAGCCGGCUCCGCUGGCAUUGCGCGCUCGGCGGUCCCCGAAAGUACACGUGCGCUUCGUUACGCAACCGACAAGGCAGCGUCCCGUCCGCGCCUCGCGUAACUUAUCCACCACAACAUAAUUCCAAGCUGCGUUACGAAAUUCAUCAAUCCUUUACGAGACCUUCAGUUAACUUCAAUGCUGUCUGAAACAGUUUUUGAUCGUGACACGGUUAAAUCAAAUAUGUGCACGCGCAUGUCCCAAUGGUGAUUUGUUUUGAUUGUUAGAAGCCAGUUUUUGGUUUGCGAAGAUGAUUAGGAUAAAAGUUUUCUUCACCUUACUCGUGGUAUUGCUCUGCAUAGCGGCGAAAUCGGAGAGUUCGGAGACAGGGCAGCGCGUAAAACGCAUCCGCGCCGACAGCGCGCCGGUGGCGCGCGACCCGGCGCAGGCGCUGGACGCGCCCGAGCCUGACGCGGCGGCGCCCGCGCCCGUCGCCUUUCUCAGCCCCUCUGUCAAGGAGUAUUUGGAGCUCGGGAUGGCCAUACCCGGUAAACCCGGGACGGACUACCCGGUACUGGGCGCGGUUCCGUAUACCAACUUCUACUGCGACGACCAGCCCUACCCCGGCUUCUUCGCCGACAUGGAGACGCGCUGCCAAGCCUGGCACUACUGCGAUAUCGACGGGCGGCAGGCCUCGUUCCUGUGCCCGAACGGCACGGUGUUCUCGCAGGGCGUGGCGUCGUGCGACUGGUGGUUCAACGUGCGCUGCGCGCUGUCGCCCGCGCUCUACCCGCUCAACGCGCGCCUGUACCGGCGGAAGUCGCGGAAGCAGGCCAGGCCCGAACCGCACCGAGUCAUUGACAAGCAGUUGCUGGAUGAGAUCUUUCUGUAAACAUGUAUAUACUCGUAGUUGAAAUUUUCUAAGUUGAUUUUUUGGGCUUAACCCCUCGUAUGCUGCCUGUUAAAUUAGAUAAUUGAAAAAGUAAAACAAUAAGUAAAUUUCAAUUACCACGCACGGAUACGUGUCUAAGCAUACGAGGGUUUAAACUCUUAAUCUGUGAAACUUUUGGAAUGAAAUGUAACAUACAUUUGAACCAUAUAAAUCAUGUCCACAGUCAUGACGAAUUCAGUAGCAAAGAGCUGCAUAAAAGAAACAAAACCUUUUUUUAUCAGAUUAAGAGCUUAAGCUAAAAAAACACAUGAGAAGAUUCUAAUUAUACUUCAAGGGAUAAGACGCUUGCGCCACGAAUGCCACGAUGGCAGCCGAUAACAGCGCGACCAUCUUAGGCCCGCUAGUGGUUCAUAAUUGGAAGCAUACAACUAAAAGGGUAACUGGAGAUAGUGUAAGGACUCUAACCUCUCUAGCCCCAUCCGGUAUAAGUAAACAGCUUUUAACUUAACGCGAUUAGAAUCGGCUUAAGUUUACUCUGCAUGGCAUUUGCAGUGACAAGGAGUGGAAAUGUCAUAAUUAAUUUAAAAUUUCUAUGAAAUUAUACCUACGUUUAUAAUAUGACAAUUUCCAGUUAUUUUUGGAUUAUCACUACUUAUAUCUGUGGACCUACCGUGGACAUCGAAGUAAAUAAAUUACGAGCACAGUGAUUAUAAAAUUUGCCUUAAAUGGAGUAAAAGAGGAAGAUUCCCGCAAUUUACGAACGUCGGUUUUCGCGGUUAGUGCUCCUCAGGACCCAUUCGACUGUUGUGCAUACCUAAAAUAAAUAGGAUUAAGCAAGUAUAUAAGUAAUACUGUAUUUAAAUAUGCCUAUAUAGGCUUGGAAUGCUUCAUGUGAUACCACAUACAUAAACCACGCCUAAACGGCUUAAAUUACAAUAACCCGCCUAAUUUGGUAGAAAAAAUUCUGUGAAGUUGUAAAGAAUCUUUAUGCUGUGCUCUCGUUAUUAAUUUUGAAGUUUUUACGUACCUACCUACCAGUGGCGGCGCGUCACAAACAUUCGUAGGGAACCCGGAGCAAAUUUUGCUUUCCUUUUCUCCAUGAACCGAUCAUGAAAGUACUCAACGGGCUGAAGUUUAGACAAGCCGGUGGGAAUCGAGUUCUUUGAACGAUCCGCCACUGCUACCUACUACCCAGUUUGUAUUCGGAUUUCUUUCAUUGCUAUUUUUUUCUAAGCGAAAAAGUAUCGUUUACAAGUUUCUUCUGAUUUGAAUUGCCAAGUAGAUACACCUCGUUAAAUUUAGGUGUUCUUGGCGUUCAAAAUGUUAUAAGUAAUAUAAUUCGGAAUGGCAUAGAUAUUCGGUUAUAUUGACUAUAUAUGUGAAAAAAAAAAAAUUGAAUUUUGAUAUGUCACUAAAUUAAUCAAACUGAAAUGUUAUUAAUCUGGUAUGGUCCGUCUAUAGUUAACUUUAACAUUUGUUAUGAAAUAAUAUAGUUGAAUACUGCGUUAUGUGCGACUCGGAAUCGGAGGUCAUGUCAAAGUCGCAAUUCAUUUUAAAAAUAUUAUUUUUUUCCUUAAGGCCGACUCACGAUUUACCAGUUUUUUAUUAUCUGUUAAGUUAUCAUGUUGUAUAUUUUUCUUCAUUAUCAUACCGAGAUUAUAUAGAUAAAAAAAUUAGGAAAAAUACUUUGCUUGUAUGAGAGUCUGUCAUUUAUAAAAAAAAUAUUAUAGUUUAAUUUGGCUUUUUCCCAUAGAAAAUGGGUUACAAACUUACAAAUCUUAUCAAACAUUAUCUAAUACAGUAUUUAUAAUAUUGUAAGCCAUAAAUUAUAAAUGGUGGCAUAAUUUGUUGUUGUUUCUAUAACUUUUUAUUCUCUGGUUGCUUCAUAGUCAGCCUUAGUGAAGAAAAAGAAAGCCCAUGUUGGGUUACACUUACCCGUUUUUAGAUAAUAUGUAAUUGUAAUGUAAGAUAAAACACUGCCAUUUUUUAUUGUGCUUCUAGAAUUAAGUCAAGGAUUAAUUUAAGAAAUCGAUUGCGUUGUUCUACACCAACAUUGAUUGUAAGUAAUAACAGAAAAAAUGCCUAAAAUGUUUUCCGGUCCAUACUGUAUUGUUUCAACUGUUCUGUACUAAUCGUCCAGUGUCAGUCGUAUUAAACGGUCUCCAAUUGUUUUGUUCCAAAGCGAUGAAUUUGCCACAACGACUAUAGUGUCUUAAAUUAUGAACUGUGUCAGAUGACCCAGUAUUUAGGGGCAGUACUCACUGAUACCUGCAUGCUAAAUUCGUUGCAUUUAUUAAGCCGGCAAAUAUCCAAUGCAAUUAUCGGUGAGAUCUGUAGAGGCCCUUAAUAACGUCUUGUCCUACCGUCCAGUCAAAAGUAAUUGGAAUGAGUUGUAGAGGCCUUAAUAACGUUCUGUCUUCAACAUGUCAAGUAAGUAAUCGGAUUGCGCACCUUUAAAUUUCGUCUGGCUGCAAUAGAAAGGUGUGACGGAUAAAAUCCGACACUUGUUACGCCGGAUAUUGCAUCAAGGAUAUUUUUCCUCUCUGUCACGCAGUUCAGACAGACAGACCUUUAUAUUCCUGCAGUUUAUGUUUCUCACUGUUUCUGUGGGAAGAAUUAUAUUGAAAAGUUCAGCGGAAAUAUUUCGUAUUGACUAGAUUGCUUGAGCAUCGGAAAAACAGAGCCUGGGUUCUGCGAUGACGGACUAUGUAUCGAAUUCGGAUUCGAGGCAAGAAGUAAUUGAUUAAGAAGUCGGUUGGAUAUGGUAGAUAACCAUGCUGUCGAGAGAAAGAAUCGAUGAAAAGCGAGAAAAAGUAAAGUUUGAACAUCCAUGAUUUAUCAUCAUUUGAACAUUGUGUUAAAUUCACUUUAUAAUCAUUAGCGUCUCUCGAGCGUCGGCGUCUAGUCAGCGCUAUGGAAAAUAGCGUCGCUGCGCAGUUGCGCCAACGUUGCGUCGAGCAGCGGCUAUAGAUAGUUGACUUUUAAACGUCGUCGCUCGGGAGACGCUGGAUUUUGGGGUGGCUCUUAAUGAUGAAAUAUGAUGAUCUGUCUCAUGGUCCUACUGACAGGACAAUCGGGGGCAUAUAAAAAGAACUGCCAGUGUAAUAGGUACCUAAAUAUAAUAUUCCAAAUGAGUCUUUAUACCAAACUAGUGCCUACGCCAAAUCUUGGGAUUAGUUGUCAAGCGGACCCCAGGCUCCCAUGACCCGUGGCAAAAUGCCGGAACAACACGAGGAAGAAGAGAGAGUCCUUAUACCAUAUCAGAGCUGAGACUUGAUCGUAUUGCACUUGAUGUUCUAGGGCCGGACAUUAUGAUUUAUGAGGCUAAGACACGGAACGAUUUAACAAAGUGGAUAGUUUGAAACACUGGACAAUAUGGACCGGAGCCCUAUUGAGGAUGUCUGUAGCGGAGUAAGCCUAAAAUGUAAACAAAAAAAAAUAUAAUUUAACAAUCUAGUCUUCCAACUAUAUUUUUUUCUGGAGUUGGGCUGCUUCUCACACAGUUUAUAUAUCAUCAGUAAAAAACUAAAAGUACCUAAGUAUAUUGAUGGUUCGAUUAGCGAUUUGUGAAUACUUACCCGUUUUUAGCUAGAAUGCAUUUUACUAGUUAAGUAAACCUAGUAGGGUAGGACGUUUUUGUACGAACAGAACAACUAUAAAAAGUAUUUUCAAUGUAACAUUCCUAAUUUGCGUAUGCUGUAAAUACGAGUAGGUACUUACAAAGAUUGUGGUGCUUACCUAUUAGUCGGAAAGGAAACUUAUACAGUAAGUAAUUAUAUGGAUAAGGGUGAUAACAAUAACGAUGGUGGAAUAAAAUGUGAUACAUGA